CACGUGGUUCCAGUGAAUCCCAGAGACUUUGAGAAAUUUCUCGAACUUUCUCUACGACUUUAAAAAGGGCAGAACCAGAAGGGAUCGGGACAACACCCCGUUAACAAGUGUCCUUCAACACUUCUGUAAGGAGAACUGAACUCAACAAGCAGGACGUCCUGAAGCUGCUGUUUAAAAUACAAGUGCCUGAUGGUGAAAAUGGGUAAGGAUUAUUACAGUGUUUUGGGGAUUCAGAAGGGCGCAUCUGAUGAUGAAAUCAAGAAAGCAUAUCGCAAACAAGCGCUCAAAUACCAUCCGGACAAGAACAAGUCACCGGGUUCCGAGGAGAAGUUCAAGAAGAUCGCUGAAGCUUAUGACGUGUUGAGUGACCCGAAAAAGAAAGACAUAUACGACAAAUUUGGCGAGGAAGGGCUGAAGGGAGGCAUCCCUGGCGGGGGAGGCGGUGGCAGUAAUUUCACCUACACAUUCCAAGGCGACCCUCAUGCAAUGUUUACAGAAUUUUUCGGCGAACGGAACCCUUUCGAAAAUUUUUACCGCUUCAAUGGUGGCAUGGACGAGGACAUGGAAACUGAUGACCCUUUCGCUAGUUUUGGGAUGGGUGGCAUGGGUGGUUUCUCCCGGUCCUUUAACACACGCGGGCACGGCGGGAGACUGGAGAAAAAGCAGGACCCUCCGGUGACCCAUGACCUCAGGGUUAGUCUAGAAGAAGUGUUUACUGGCUUCACGAAGAAGAUGAAGAUCUCACGCAAGCGCCUGAAUCCUGAUGGAAGAACGACACGUACGGAAGACAAGAUCCUUACAGUGGAAGUGAAGAAAGGUUGGAAGGAGGGAACCAAGGUUACUUUCCCCAAAGAAGGUGAUGAGACGCUGACAAAUAUCCCAGCAGAUGUGGUGUUUGUAGUGAAGGAUAAGCCACAUCCUGUGUACAGACGAGACGGAUCGGACAUAAUUUAUCCAGCUAAAAUUACACUCAAAGAGGCGCUCUGCGGUUGCACGGUUAUUGUUCCAACAUUGGACGGUCGCACGGUCACUGUAACGUCUCGGGACAUUGUUAGGCCUGGAAUGAAACGGCGUGUCACUGGGGAGGGUCUUCCUCUUCCAAAAUCCCCAGACCGUCGUGGGGACUUAAUUGUGGAAUAUGAGGUUAAAUUCCCUGAAAGGCUAAGUCAGAGUGCCAAAGACACAAUUGGAAACAUUUUGCCAGCUUCAUGAGCUGUGUAUCAAACUAUAUCGGAGCUGUUACCAAUGGGAUUUUUUUGUUUUUGUUUCUAUGCUUUCAAAGUAGCUAAGGUGUUCUAAACAAGGUAUACCUGAGCUGCUCAACUUUUGGAGCACUGCGUAAAGGACAUUUCAAUUAUUCUGGAAUGCACUGCCAAAGAGAGACUAUCUGAACAAAAACAAAGCUGGAUUAGACUAGCUUUCUGCAUCUGUGUUAUGUACAUUUUGAACCCAUGUUUGUUUUGGGUCUGGACCAACAGAAAGUCCUGUUCAUUCCAGCUUCGGCCUUUUGGCCAGUGUUUUGUUGUGCACUACACAUUUGAGUUUGAGUAAGAAGUGUAUGUUCUGCUUGAAUGUCUUGAAACAAAGAUCGAAAGUGGAGAGGUUUUCUUUUCUUCAUUUCGCCAAUGCUGUCUAAUGGAACUGUUUUGUGACUUCAUUAAAAGUGAUUAACAAACAUAAUGGUGGCCUUAAAGGAAAGGUAUUUUAUGGUGUGUGCAUACACUGCUGAGUCUGAUUUAUGUGUGAAAAAGCAUUUUAUUCAGAUGCUAUGUGGUAAAAAAAAAAUGUGGGAGGUUGGAAAUCAAAUAAAGACCAGACUUUUUUCUAUUUUCUUUACAUUUAACUGAUUUUAAAAUCAUUACUCUGUUAAAGUUGAAUGGUAUUGAUUCACAAAAUGUUAAUUUUAAACAGGCUGUGAUAUAUCUAAAGUGGGACAAUAGCAUAGCUGUGUAUCUGAUUAUACCUGAAUAUGUGUCUGAGAUGUGUUUUAUUAUCCUAAGCAAUUAAUUUAAAAGUAUAGGAACAUAAUUUUGUUCUUGAAUCAAUAUCUUGCCACAGUGAACUAGAAUACCCUGUGUUUAGCUGUGUAGUAAAUAAUUUAUGAAUAUUAUACACUAAGAAUACUCCAACAUGAACUUUUAAUUGAAACACUAUACUUUUAUCUUUUGCAGAAAUGCAUUUGCUAAACUUGGGAGCAUGUGAUCCUGUGUUUUGAGGUGUAAAUGUUUUUAGUAAGAGCUAUGAGAGAAGAUUGUUCAAAGGGAAAUGGUUUUAUUUUAAAAUGUUACAAUUAUCAUGUUGCUUUAAUUAGUUAUACAAUUUGAACAAAGUGUAUAUACUUGUAUUUCUCACCUGAGGACCACUUAUAUUCUUAGUAAAGUUUUUGGGGCAAAAGAA